AGAACGUGACUGCAAUGGUUGCCCUCGCGAAAGCCGUGCCAAACUUGGCUGCUCUCUGAAAGCGGCUCGCGGUCUCUCAACGCACCUUGCGGUUCGCCGGUGGAGGUAAGCGUCACUUGGAGCCGGCGGGAGCCACCGUUUGCAGAUUUGAGAGUCGGCGGAAAACUUUGAAAAGAGUACCACCGCGGAGAAAUAGGCUACAGCUGCGCGGCUGAACUUCCACCAGCAGCCCGAGGGGACCGGGAGGAGGAGUCAACAGGUCCCAGAGCUUAGGAGCUGCAAUCGAUUCAAGGGGAGAUUUCCUUGGCCAAGGACAGGGAGAUUGACGUUUUUGGGAAGAGGGGCUUGUCCGAGCAAUCGAUGCAGGCAGCCCACCAGCCGGAAGCCCAGUUGGCCGAACAGCACACCACUCAAUCAGCCUGAACAGCAACACAAAGCGGCUGCUGGCGACCAACAGAGGCAGAGGCUGUUCAGCUACGAAGAGGAGGCCCAUCCUAGGAGGAGAGCUUUGUCUUGGCAUCAUGUGAUCAGCCCAUUCCCAAGGAGCGCUCUGCAGCAGAACAGUGAAUCAACGCUCUCUUGGAAGCAUUACAACCACUAACACCCCUAUCGCCACUAUCACCACUCCCGACUGCAGUCAUCAAAGUCACCUGUUCUUGACUCAACUUGCCUUCUGUCUGUUUCGCCCCUCUUCAUCUUGAAGAUAAGGAAUGGCCAUGCUAGUUUCCAGCCUCCCCAACACCUCUCACAAAUAAGGCCUUUCAGCUUGCUUCACAAUACUAGAGAAAGGAAGGAUAAUACACUCUACAGUACUCUUUUAUACUUCUACCCAAUGUCUCUUUUUGAUCUUGGUUUCUUCAGUAACACACACAUUCACUAAACCAACAGGAUUUUGGUCCUGGUGGCCAUUUUAAGGACACCAGCACUCAAGUUUUCAAACCAUAAGGAUUUUUUUUUUCAGCCUUUGGCAUACUUUUGGAAUAUCUACUCAUGCAGUGUCCCUAUGGGGGAUUAAACCAGUACAGGAAUCCACACUGACUCCUCUUUGGCUCUGUUUGAUCUUGUAAAGGGGGUUUUUCAGUGAGGUCUGUUUGUGACUGGAGGUGGACUGAGCCAUCAUGGCUGGGAAGGGCAACCCGCUGCCGGGCCCCCACCUCAACGGCUUCCCCAUGCCCACCUACUCCUACUUCUUCCCCCACAUGUUGGGGAGCCUGUCGCCUCCAGCCCUGGCAGGACUGCCCAUCAGUGGGUACAGCACCCCCUCACCAGCCACGAUAGAGACCCAGAGUACCAGCUCAGAGGAGAUAGUGCCAAGCCCGCCCUCACCUCCCCCGCCGCCCCGCGUCUACAAGCCCUGCUUUGUGUGCCAGGACAAGUCCUCAGGGUACCACUAUGGUGUCAGCGCCUGUGAGGGCUGCAAGGGCUUCUUUCGGAGAAGCAUCCAAAAGAACAUGGUGUACACCUGUCACCGGGAGAAGAACUGCAUCAUCAACAAAGUCACCCGCAACCGCUGCCAGUACUGUCGGCUGCAGAAGUGCCUGGAAGUCGGGAUGUCUAAGGAGUCCGUGAGGAACGAUCGGAAUAAGAAGAAAAAGGAUGAGAAGAAGCAGGAGUGCACAGAGAGCUACGUGCUGAGUCCCGACACAGAGCGGAUGAUCGACAGGGUUCGCAAGGCGCACCAGGAAACUUUCCCCUCUCUCUGCCAGCUGGGCAAAUACACUACGACUAACAGCUCAGAACGACGUGUAUCCUUGGAUGUAGACCUGUGGGACAAGUUCAGUGAACUCUCCACCAAGUGCAUCAUAAAGACGGUGGAGUUUGCUAAGCAGCUGCCCGGCUUCACAACGCUCACCAUCGCCGACCAGAUCACUCUGCUCAAAGCUGCCUGUCUGGACAUCCUGAUACUGCGGAUCUGUACACGCUACACGCCAGAGCAAGACACCAUGACUUUCUCAGAUGGACUCACGCUAAACCGAACCCAGAUGCACAACGCUGGCUUCGGUCCCCUCACCGACCUGGUUUUUGCCUUUGCCAACCAGCUCCUCCCUCUGGAGAUGGAUGAUGCAGAGACGGGGCUGCUCAGCGCCAUCUGUUUGCUGUGUGGAGAUCGUCAAGACCUGGAACAGGCAGAGAAGGUGGAUAUCCUGCAAGAGCCCCUUCUGGAGGCGUUGAAGAUUUACGUAAGGAGGAGGAGGCCCCACAAACCUCACAUGUUCCCCAAGAUGCUGAUGAAGAUCACCGAUCUGAGAAGCAUCAGUGCUAAAGGAGCUGAGCGCGUCAUCACCCUGAAGAUGGAGAUCCCAGGCUCCAUGCCCCCUCUCAUCCAGGAGAUGCUGGAGAACUCAGAAGGUCUGGAAAGCGGGGCAGCGGGCGGCCGGCCCAGCGGCGCCCCCCCAGGCAGCUGCAGCCCCAGUCUGUCCCCCAGCUCUGCCCAAAGCAGUCCAGCCACACAAUCGCCAUAGUAGCGGCCCUACCUUUUUAUUUUCUUCUCCCGAUGCUCUCUGUCUCCUCCCACGACGUUCCGUAGAGGAGGGGUGAAGGAGGGGAGGGGGGGCUUGACCCUGACUGCUGAACACAGUAGACUGGCAGAGCCAACCUCCAUCCUCUCCCCUACGACACAAAGCCCCACCUCCUGAUCUGCUUUCCCUCACUCCGGAGCACCGUCCUGAUGUGAGGGGAGGUGAGGCCGGUGCAGGCCGGGGCAAUAGGAUGCCUCUCAGAGACCACACGGUAAACACUGCUGAUGACUCCUCCUCCUUCUCCCCUCCACUCCCCUCUCCACCUUUCUCCAAAAGACUAAUGGAAACAAAUCUGGAUGCGGUGGAGAGCUGUUUUGAACGAAACCGAGAGUGGACAGGGCGCCAUGGGACAAAUAUACGAUCAAGGACGAUGCAUACAGACUGACUUGACAAAACACCAGACACUUUUUUUUUGUUGUUGUUGUACUCUGAGGCAGACUGCAAGCUUGGGACUUGUCAAAAGACCCCCCCUCCCUCCUCAAAGACUCUGGGUCUUUUCUCCUUUUCCAACUUCGAAAAAACAAACAGAUUUCGUACAAAAAGAUAUAUAAAUAUAUAUAGAAAAAGUUAAGGAACUAUUGUGACAUGUCCGGAACAGAACGGCAGGUUGAAACAAGGACAUGUUUUUCUGAGAUUAGAAAUUGUUGUACUCCUUCACUGUUUGAAUCUUUUCAUACCCAUCGAGAGUAUUGAGAGAGACCUUUCAGUUUUAUCACAUUUGUACAUUAUUCUAAUUAACAAAAAGCAAAAGAUGUUGAAAUUUCUCUCCCGUCUACACACAUGCAAACAGACACACAAAUGUGCACAGAAAACAAGUCGCAAUGAAUUUCACCUACUAUUCCAGGUUGGAUUUGUUUUCCUUUUUUCUUUUUCUUUUUCUUUUUUUUUUUUUUGCUUCGAAGAGAAUGGAAAAAAAAAUGAUUGUAUGAACUUGGUUGUAUGAUAUGGUCACAGGUCCUUUCAAGAAAUCAAAUUAAUGAAGAUUCAUUAUUAAGGUGUAUUUUAAGUAGCCUUUGAGUUUGUGUAUAUAAGCUGUAUUCAUUUCUUUAAAACUAUGAAGAGUUUUAGGCUUCACCUGAUUUUUUUUUUUUUAAGAAUACCUUUUAUGUGUUUUGUUUAUAGGUUUGUGAUGCAAGAAAAGACAUUUUUUGAGCACAUUUUACUGAAGGAAGUUCUUUCAUGUUUUUGUGUCCUACUAAAUACUGGACAGACCCUUAACCAAUCACUGGCUGUUCAGAAUGUGGCUUUCACAGACAAUUUCAACCUCCUCCACCGCCCUUCACUUUAAAAAACAACAACAUGUUUUUACAUACAGUAGAUGACAAAGUAGCACUCCAGUCGGGGCAUAGCUUUUUUUUUGGCCAUGUAGCAGAAAGAGAUUGUGUUUCUGAAAAUGGUGAGCCGGACACCACUUGCCGCCCGCCGUGUCCUCGUGAGCGGCGGCAGCUUCAAAGAGAGUUAAAAUGUGAAGAAUGGUGUACAUACACACUGUAUUAAACACAAGUGAUACUCAGUAGCCUCUGAAUGGAUCGAUAAUCUGUAGUGGACGGGAAAAGACUAGAUUGUAGUGAUACCUCUGCUCUGUCAGUGGUCAGGCAAGUGAAGGUCCCAAAUGUGAUGUUUGUCAACCAAGUCCUCACAAAUCUCCCCCUGGCAACCUGUGGUAGAAACAAAUAUGUGACUUUUUGCCGGAAUCCAGAGCAACCUUGCACCCUGUGACUCACUAUACGCCAAAACGCCUUCACCGUUAACACACACGUUUCAUCUAGACCAUCAUUACUGUACACACGCCAAUGUCUCAGGAAGGAAUCAUUUUGUGUGCUUGGCCUGUUCUGUGUUCUGUCCUGCACCCCCUUAACCCUCCACAGAUGCACACAUACACACACCUCUGCUACUGAGCCCCUGAAUUUUUUUCUUCAGUCUUUUGUUUUUUUCAGCCUGGCAGACCAGGACUUGCGCAGAGAGACACUUAACCCCUGAACCCCGCGACGUUACGACAUAGGAUGCCAGUGUGGAGUCUCUCUGAGUCGUUCAUGUGUUCUUUUUUAUUUGUACGGUCAAAGCUGCUUUCAUCAUUUAGGACUUCACCUGUCCAGAACAGCGCACAACUUUUCCCUCCACAGCUAAUCUGGAAUAGGAACAGACACACCGUCAGUUUAAGAAGUAUGGAAUAUGUUGCAAUUUUGUCAAGAUUAUCAAGCGACUUUGGAAAAAAACAACAAAAAAAAACCAACAAAAAAAGAUUAAAAAAAUAAAA